ACUUUUAAUGAGACAAACAAUUGCAUGUUCUCCAGUGGUGGUUGCACUCAGGUCUGCAAGAGACACGGGAAACGCGCACCCUUGUAAUGCGGCAAGCUCCACGUUAGGAGGCACCGCUUUACCUCUGUGGGAUCCGUGUCGCAAGCAUCUUUUCGUGGCGAGAAGCCGGUGUGUCUCUGGCCGGAUCAUGUGCAAGUGUCACACGCGUCAAUUUUAGGAGGACGGAGCCGAGUUCAGACGGAGCCUGUUCAAGGAGUUUCACUUAGUGCGCCAUUACCUGUCAAGUUGCCCAUCUUCUCAAGCAGGAUUUCAGCAUGGAUUCUUUGCCCGACUCUGCCGGGGACAGCAAGUCGUCCGCGUGUCAGUGUGCACCUAAGCCGGGUGUCUACCGGUGGUCUCCCGGACUCCCUUUAGUCGUCUGCGUCCUCAUGUCACUGAGCUCCAUCAGCGUGUGUCUGUUAAUGAGCUUCAAGACCUUCCAGUUGGAGCAGAGACUGAAGAUGGAACUGGAGCGAGUGCCCGCCUUCCAAACCGGGCAUGGGACUUUCCUCAGCGAGGAUGGGAGCCUGGUUCCGGAGUUGAGCGCCUCCGUGGGGAAACUUGUGGAAGAGAAAGUCAUGGUACUGAUGCCAAAAAUUCGAACGGCAAGAGAUGUUGGGCAAGAAUGCGUCUGUCCUCCAGGGCCUCCCGGAAAGCGUGGAAGGAUGGGAAGACGAGGGGAACCGGGUAAGCGAAGCCAGCCACCUGGCAAAGCAGGACGGGAUGGAUACCCGGGUCCACUUGGCUUGGAUGGUAAACCAGGACUACCGGGUCUCAAGGGAAGCCAGGGACCAGCCGGGCCCAAGGGAGAAAAGGGUGACCAAGGAGACAUUGGGCCAAGGAUGGUCUAUCCAAGAUAUGAUCAUAGCUUUCUCUCUGGUGACCAGUCCAGCACCUUUCAGAGACGUUUUCUGAAGGGUGACCAAGGCCAGGCUGGACCUGCUGGCCCUCCCGGUCCUCCAGGUCCCCCAGGUCCCAGGGGCCCCCCUGGCAACACCGGCAAAGAUGGGCCUCGUGGCCCAGCGGGAGAGCAAGGUUUUCCUGGUCGUGACGGCAGUGAGGGAGCUCAGGGAUUGCCUGGAAAAGCGGGAGAAGAUGGGGAACCUGGAUAUCCUGGACCACAGGGUCCCCCAGGAAUAAAGGGAGAGCCAGGAAUGGGAGAAAAGGGAGAGAGGGGCAUGGAUGGACUACCAGGAUUAAAGGGAGAUAAAGGAGCAAUAGGAGACCAAGGACCCAUGGGUUACCCUGGUGAAAAGGGUGUUUCGGGCACCUCUGACAUAAUUGACUUCAAUGGGAAGCUUCUUGAUGCAUUCCAGGCCAUCAACACAAUCAGUAUUUCGGGCCCACCUGGACCACCUGGCCCCCCUGGUCUUCAAGGAGAAAAGGGAGAACUUGGUUUACCUGGUCCAGCUGGAGUGGACGGGGAGAAGGGAUCUAAAGGUGAUGUGGGUGAAAUAGGACCACAAGGCGAAAGAGGAGAAAAGGGAGAGAUGGGCCUUUCUGGGCCACCGGGUAUGGACGGACAAAAAGGAGAAAAAGGUGACUGCAGGCUGGAUGACAACUUGGUUCAAAUGAUUUCCCAGCCAGGUCCUCCUGGGCCACCUGGGCCACCAGGAGCUCCUGGGUUAGAUGGAUCCAUGGGGUUGCAUGGAAUGCCUGGUCCAAAGGGUGAGCCAGGAAUUGGAAUAAAGGGUGAAAGGGGGGACACUGGAACUCCAGGACCCAAGGGAUCAGAUGGCCUACAGGGUAUGCCAGGGUCUCCAGGGCUAGUGGGUCUUCCAGGGGCAAAAGGAGAGAAAGGCAGGCCAGGAGAACCUGGACUUGACGGUUUCCCAGGCCUGAUGGGGGAGAAGGGCGACAGGGGGGAACGAGGAGAUAAGGGUGACAGAGGAAGUGUUGGAAAGAGAGGACUAAAGGGUCAGAAGGGGGAACAGGGUCCUCCAGGUCUUGAUCAACCCUGUCCUGUGGCUUGUGAUGACAAAAAAGAUCUGUCUGGGGAAGGAGUGCUUUCUUCUCCUCCACCUCCUCUUCUUCCUCCUCUUGCCCCUGUGGCUCCCUGUCCUGUGGGACAUGAUGGGCUGCCUAUACCAGGCUGCUGGCACAAGGAGGAGAUGGCCAGGCAGAAGCUUAAACGCAAGCGUCUUAUUCAGCCAUGAAGGCAAGCAAAAGGGCCUGUUAGGGAAUAUGACAUUUAGAGGCGCAGAGGGCACGGACGCAGAUUUUGGCCUUUACGGAGCAGAACACGCCUUAUGGAGCCUCUGUGUCUUACUGAAUACUCCAAAUCUUCCAAUAUGGAACUCUCAUGGAGGGCUCAAUAAAUCCACUUGCGCAAUCCGCUGAAGACUUUGGCUGAUCAUGUGGUGUGACGUCACUGGCACAUAAGGAGGAAUUUAUGGCACGUUAUAAUUUUACCCUUUGUGGGUUUAGGAUUGAAAAGAUUCUCCAAAUCACUGCCUAAUCAUAACACAUUAUGUGGGUGAGUAUAAUGGGGAAAAAUGCUUUUGAAGCAUAGGCUUUUGACUGUUUAUAUCCACUUACAGCUGUGGAAAUCUGAUGUCAAGUCACAUUUUGCAUUCCUAUGCAUUGUCAUGUUUAUAGAUUGAUUUGGAGGAGCCAUUACAGUAUUCAAAAUAAACCACUGUCAACGGAGCUAAUCAUUAGCAUCAUUUUAUUGGUUAGGUUUGAAAUACAUUAUAACUUGCGAUAUUCACAUGUAAUUCUGUUUGAUCAUUAAUAUCAGAUGAAGAUAUUUUUUGUUCUCUUUUGCUGCUGACAUAAAUGUCUGUUCUUUCAGAUUUCUUUUGUGUGUGUAUUAUCAAUAUUAGUCACUUAAAAUGAUGACUAAUGUUUUCACUUUGGCCGAAUGUCUACAAACCUUUUCUUUAGGAAUUGUUGGAAAGAGAGAACUGCCAGUUGCCUUAUUGUGCACAUUGUCACUUGCAUUGUCAUUGCAUUGAUUUUACUCGAAACUGUCUGUGUACCAUAUUUUCCGCACUAUAAGGCGCAUCGGCGUAUAAGGAGCACCUUCAAUGAAUGGCCUGUUUUAAAACUGUUUUCAUAUGCUGCGAUCCCUCACUAAUUCGCGCUUCAAACUUCGCCCCCUCAGUCCAUCGUGGAUUUUUUUUCUAAUUAAAAAUAUUAAAAAAACAAAUGCAGUGUUUUAUAGAGCUGUCCCGAUCCGAUCACGUACUCUCCCACUCUCGCUCCUGCCACUUUUCUUCUUUUCUUGGUCAGGCAGUGCACUGAAGUUGAUUAUAAAAGUUAACGAUGAUUGACAGAUAGUUAAGGUUUAAUCUUGCUUCAAACUUCAAAGUGCCGCACGCAUCACCAUCGUUUAACUUGUUAAACAGUUGACUGUGGCAACUUAUUGUGUGUAAGUGAGCAGCUUGAGCGGAUUUGAGUGGACUCACUCAAUGAAGCAUUUAAUAAAGACAAGCAUUUUUCUACUUUUUUUUUUUAUGGAUUUGGCGUCUACUUUUUUUCUUGUUUGAAAAUAAUUCGGUGGUACAGUAACGAGUUUAAAACUCAUCAUAAUUAUUAUAUUUGAAGUGCUAAAAAACCAUUGAUUAAAAUAUAUACUGUAUAUGGCAGAAAACACAAGUUCCGCUGUGAGACCCUCAAUUUGGCCAACUUUCAAAUUGUCCGAUAUGCAUGUGUGAUACAUCUUUGGAAAGCUGAAAUCUCAAUUUUCUGGGGGAAGAAAAAUUUUGAACAGGAGGGCAUUUGAAAAAAAAAAAAAAAUUAAGCCACGAAACCCUAUCCGGAGGUGAGAACAUGAAAGAGCAGAAUUAAAGAUGCCAUUACUUUAACGAGAUAUUAUCGCAUGCUUACCUUGUUUCGAUCCAAAAACUCUAUGUAGCAUGUAUCACCGAGUGUCAAGACACAGCUGUGAAUGGCCACAGCUGGAUUUUGGGGGGAAUUCAUUGGUGAAACAUGGUAAUAUAACAAGGGUCGCGAUACAGAAAUCGCAGACAUCAAGGAGUGGUCGAGAUUUUCUUUUUCAUAUAUUUACCUUUUUAAACGAUUUUUUUUUCCAAUAUUUCUUUGUUUGGAUCGAUUAUUUAUCAUCUAACAUAUUGGAGAAAAUGCGACAGUAACAAAAAAAUACAAUAAGUGAUAGUUACGAGGUGGAUAACUGUGACUUUUUUUUUACAGACACCAUUUUUUUCCUGUGACGUAAUUUGUUUAAAAGUUUGAAAUAUGUGAGUGAAUUUUUUUUUUUUAAUGAAAUAUUAGACAUCAAUUAAUGAUUCUAAGUUAAAAAUGGCAUUUUGAAUAAUAUAAUUAAUUACCUUCGUAUUAUGGCUGGGUUGACACAAAAGCGGUUGUGCGAUGUCUGUAAACGGAUGUUCCCAGGGUAAAACAGACAAAUUAAAAAUAGUUCGGGGGCUUAAUGCAUCAUGAAACUGCAAUGGCAGCAUAUAGACAUAUUGUUCUAUCAAACACAACAGUUCUUUUGGCUUAAAAUACAGCAGUUUUAUUUAAAGAGUAGUGCAAGGGCAGAAACUGCUUUUUCAGUCUUGUCUGUGUUUUCCGUCAUAUGCAUAAAAGUUUUUUUUUAAUAAUACU